CCACCGCCGGUCGGGUGCGUGAUGUCACAACUAGCAGUCAGCUCACACGAUGCACACCAAUCGUGUGACAUUUUGAAUUUCCAAUUCCAAUUUGAAUUUCCAAAGAAAAACUCGAACACGAAUCUGCCAGCCUACACGUUCGCCUCCGUGCGUGGAAACAGAGCAGCACAACUUGUAUUGGCUUUGUCCGCAGGGUAGGCACGGAGUCAUGGCGCCCCCGUUCCCGGGAAAUGGUACGGUCCCGCCCAUUGACGGUUAUUGGCAGGAACAUCACAGGUUUGGACUUUCCAAAUAAAUAACCGUUGACGGUUGCAUCAUAUUUUACGAAAGCUGGCGGCUAUAGUAACGGCAACAUAAAUCUACCGCCAAUCUGAAGCUUGAAAAAACGCGCGGUUGGGCAGACAGACCAACAAACACCCCACUGCCCUCAGCCACCACCCCCGUGACUGGGCUUUGGUAGCAGCCGCGCUCUACUCGUUUUUUUCACGCCGGUUUAAGAUGGCGGCGGCGCUGGAGGGUAGCAGCUGGGAGUGAACCGCGUUUGAGUUCAUGUGAAUGUUGUUAUUAUUAAUGUCAGUAAUGUUUGGUUUCUAACGUCGUUUUCUGGGAUCGGAGCGCGGUGCUGAGAUGGGAGAGAAGCUGGAAUUGCGAUUAAAAUCACCGGCAGGAGCCGAACCGGCUACAUACCCCUGGCCUUUACCUGUAUAUGAUAAACACCAUGAUGCUGCUCAUGAAAUCAUUGAAACAAUCAGGUGGGUGUGUGAGGAGAUACCUGACCUGAAGCUGGCCAUGGAGAACUAUGUGCUGAUUGACUACGACACAAAAUGCUUCGAGAGCAUGCAGAGGCUAUGUGACAAGUACAACAGAGCUAUUGACAGUAUUCACCAGCUGUGGAAAGGCACGACGCAGCCCAUGAAGCUGAACACUCCUCCCUCGAACGGGCUGCUCCGCCACAUCUUGCAGCAGGUCUACAACCACUCGGUCACCGACCCAGAGAAGCUCAACAACUACGAGCCCUUCUCCCCAGAGGUGUACGGAGAGACCUCCUUCAACCUGGUGGCGCAGAUCAUCAACGAGAUCGAAAUGAUGGAGGACGACACCUUCGUGGACCUGGGCAGCGGUGUGGGCCAGGUGGUGCUACAGGUGGCUGCAGCGACGAACUGCAAACACUACUACGGAGUUGAGAAGGCAGACAUCCCAUCCAAAUACGCAGAGGCAAUGGACUGGCAGUUUAUGAAGUGGAUGAAAUGGUACGGAAAGAAGCACGGCAAAUAUUCGUUGGAAAGAGGUGAUUUCCUUUCUGAAGAGUGGAAGGAGAGAAUCGCCAACACAAGUGUGAUUUUUGUGAAUAACUUUGCCUUUGGUCCCGAGGUGGACCACCAGCUGAAGGAACGAUUUGCAAACAUGAAAGAAGGUGGCAAAAUCGUAUCCUCUAAACCUUUUGCACCUCUAAACUUUAGAAUAAACAGUCGGAACUUGAGCGACAUAGGCACAAUAAUGAGGGUUGUGGAGUUAUCACCACUGAGGGGCUCUGUAUCCUGGACAGGGAAACCAGUGUCUUACUACUUGCAUACAAUAGACCGCACCAUACUUGAAAACUAUUUUUCUAGUCUCAGAAAUCCAAAACUCAGGGAGGAACAAGAGGCAGCUAGACGUCGGCUACAAAGAGAAACUAAAGAGAGUAAAAGCAACACGACUACUCCGACCAAGAUCCAGGAGCACAAGGAUUCUGGGGGUGAAGAUGAGAAGUUGGGGUCCGUGGCCCUGCUGAAGAAGGGGUCCCCUGCGAAGCCGCGCAAGGCCCGUAUCGUCAACAAGGGCCGCAAGAUGGCCGGCAAGAAGCGCGGCCGCCCCAAGAAGGCAAAUCUCAUCGCCGCUGCCGAGCGCAAAGCCAAGAAGAGCCAGUCAGCCCUGGACCUGCUCCACGCCAAAACCGUGUCCCAGACAGCGCCCCCUCAGGAUGCAUACAAGUCACCUCACAGUCCAUUCUUUCAACUACCUCCCAAAGUGCAACGCUAUUCGUCAGGACAGCUGCUGCUCAGCCCCACCCCCCCUGCACUGCAGAAGCUCCUGGACUCCGUCAAAGUCCAGUACCUGCAGUUCAUGGCCUACAUGAAGACUCCCCAGUACAAGACCAGCCUGCAGCAGACCUUGGAGCAGGAGAAGCAACGAAACAGCGAUCUGUCGGGCCGGGUUAAGCAGCUGUACACCCUCUGCCAGGCCCAGAAAGAGAAGACCAAGGGGCUGUUUCAGCACAAACUCGAGGAGCUGGGAGUGAAGGCCCUCACGUACGAGGACCUGGUCCAGGCGCAGAAGGAGAUCUCCGCCCACAACCGGCAGCUGAAGGAACAGACCAAGCAGCUGGAGAGCGAUGCGUCGGAGCUGAGGGAGCAGAGCCUGUGCCUGCUGAAGGCCCGAUGUGAGGACCUGAAGCUAGACUGGUCGAGUUUGUCUCUGGAGUCUCUCCUGAAGGAGAAGCAGGCACUAAGGAGCCAGAUAUCUGAGAAGCAGCGGCACUGCCUCGAGCUGCAGAUCAGCAUUGUGGAGCUGGAGAAGAGCCAGCGCCAACAGGAGCUGCUGCAGCUCAAGUCAUACAGCCCCUGUGAGGAUGCCCUGCCUACCCACUACAGGGGCAAGGGGCCCCCCUGUCUGGACCUGCAGCCCCCCUGCCUGGACAUGGAGGUGUCCAAGCUGCCCCUGCCAGCCGUCAACGGGCUGAGCCCGGAGCUGUCCAUGAACGGGGGCGACAGGUUCGACAGGGGAGGCAAAGCAGAACUCGUCUCGCACUACCUGCCCUCCCCUCACAAUCAAGACAUCGUUCCCCCUACCCCUGGGGCCAGGCAGAGGCUGCCCAGCUAUGCCCUGCCUGAUUACACACGCUUCUCCCCGGCCAAGAUUGCCCUGCGGAGACACCUCAACCAGGAGCCCAGCUGGGGCCAGAGAGCUGCCCUGGGGCUGCUCAGAGGCGAGGCUGGAAGGGAUGGGGCUCUGUCUCCACUCACCCCGGGGCUGAAACACGGGCAAACCUUCCCUUCGCCCCCUUCACCUGGGAGCCUACAGAACGGGGCGGCCAAGACUGCUGACAGCAAGGGCUGUAAAGAGAGAAACCCCCCCGGAGCUGCCGACACCAUUACCAGUCUCCCCAUCAGUAUCCCCUUGAGCACGGUGCACCCUUGCAAGCUGCCAGUCAGCAUACCCCUGGCCAGUGUGGUACUGCCCAGCCGCGCAGAGAAACUGAGAAGCACGCCUAGUCCGGUCCCACAGACCCGAGAGCCGGGCUACCCUGACAAGCUGAGCAGCUCCACCUGCCAGACCAACGGCAGCGCGACGGGACAGAAACUACAGCACACACCUACCUCGGGGUUUUCCUUCAGCUCUGGCUCCGUGACUGUGAAUGGAGGCUCCCAUCCAGGCUUGGGCUGCUUCUCCCUGGAUCCCAGCUCCCUGGACGGGUCCCCAGUGUCCCGGGGCUCCUCGCCACAGACAUCCUCCUUCCUGGUCAUGCAGGCGCGCAGCUCGGGGCAGGCCUCUCCCGGCAGCCCCCAGAUGGGGGGAAGCGAAGGCGGAGGGGGGCUCCACAGUACAGGAGGGGUGCUGCAGUACGCUGACGGGCCCCCCAGAAUCCUACCUGAGGGGGGGAAGAGGGAGCUGGGGUCGGACAUGGAACUGCUGGAGAGCGAAGCCAAGAGGAGGAUCUUUUUCUCAGCCUCUGCCUCUUCAGGGGCCCUGGGGGGUAAACAGCCCCCCUCUGCUAAGCAGGGACCCCCAGCCAGCCUGGGCCACGCUCUGGAGGGCAGGAAGCGUAGUAGGAGGAAGCGUGGCUCUACAGGGACCACAUCCAUGGGAGGCUCCCCCAAACGCAAACCUGUCUUGGGACUCGGCACCCAUGCCUCAGGGUCCCCUCUCAAUAUCAACUCCAUGGUGAACAACAUAAACCAGCCUUUGGAAAUCGCAGCCAUCUCGUCCCCGGAGAACACUCUGAAGAACUCCCCCGUUCCGAACCUGGACCAGCCCCCCGUGCUCAAGAGGGAGCGGCCCCUGGAGCUGAACGGGGUGAGGCGCUACUCCUCCUCCCCCGCAUCCAGCUCUGACGAAGAGCACAGUGGCUUCCAGAACGACAGCGGCAGCAUGCGCAUUGAGAGGAAGAUAGCGACCAUCUCCCUGGAGAGCAGCCCCAUCAAGGCAGGGGACAGAGACAAGGGUGGAAGCUCGGCAGGGAGGAAGGCUGCUAACGGCAUUGAAGUAUCCCCCUGUUCCUCCUCCUCCUCCAGCAGCAGCAAGUGGAAAUCCACCUUCUCCCCGAUCUCAGACCCCAAGCAGCCCGCUUCGGAUUGUCUGCGGCAUGGGGGCUCUCCUUUCGGGGGGCGUUUCUGUGACUCCGACUCGGACCACAAACAGCCGCAUCACAGGAAAACGUCGGGGAUAGGGGACAGCGAUUCCAGUGGGGAUGACUCCCCGUGCCAGCUCAACAAUGGCUACCCCAACCAACACCAGAACUCAAAACCAUUCCAGACCGACAAGCACAGCUCCACCCACCACCAUCAUCAUCACGGCCACCACCACCACCAGCAGGGGGCAGCAUCACUGGCUGCCCAAGGGAGGGCGAAGUCUCGGGACUGGGAGGCUGUGAAGAGCAGCAGUAGCCAGAACCUCUUCUUUUCAGCGGCUGGGAUCCCGAGUGGAAAAGGGGUCUCCCCGGUUGUGGUUUCAUCCUCUUCUCCCUCGGUGGUCACAGUGGGGCCCUCGCACCCUUACCUGGGGCCUCAGUUUCCUCUGGGGGGUGCCUCUGUGCUGCACUCGCUCUUCGGGGUCCAGUCACCAGCCGGGGGGGCCCCCAGACUGGUGAAGGGACACGCGGUGAUGGGGGCUUACUCCAGCUCCGGCCUCGCUGGGGGAGCAGCAGGAGGUAUAUUUAACCACGUGAUGCCUUCAAUCUCUUCCCACCAAUUCGGAGCUGGCUUGAGCAGCUCUGUCAACAGCAGCAGCAAUGCCGCUCUGAGCCUUACCCCAUUGCAGCAGACACAUGCAGCGCUACGCCCUAACCCCUCUAGUACUGGAGUCCCGUUCCCAGCCACCUCUACCCAGUCUAUCCCCCAACACAGCCGGAUUCAGUCUGUGCUCCACACCCCUCCUCCCCCUACCCUGUCCCUUCCCCCACCUGCUGCCCUCCUUACCUCCUCUUCCUCAUCCCAGUCUCUGCAUGCCUACUGUGGCAGUGAUGCUUUUCUGCCCAUCUCUGCUUGCCAGCUUGCUUCUGCUAGGCUGCCCACUCUGCAGCAGCUGCAACAAACCUAUCAUCCAAAAUCAUCUUUGCCUCCUUCAUCGUCUUCUCUUUUCUCCUCCUCCUCUUCUCUGUCUCGCCCUUCCUUCACCGUGCACCACCCCCCCGUGCCCCCCCGCUCUGUACCUGCUGCUGCACCCCCUGCCAGCACGCUCUGGGUGACUCUUGGCAUGCAGGCUCCCUACAGUUCCAGCCUCCCCGGGGUCCGCCCAAGAUAAAGGGCUGCUUUCCAGGCUGCCUUUUGUUUAUUUUUUCCCCACGAUAAGGUAACUAAAAAUUCUACCUCAACCCAAUGUGACCUAUGCAAGGGACAGGUGUGGACCAGCUGGACUCUCUCUUCCACUGACUUGGUGCUCAAUAGGGGUUCUGUGUUCAGUAUGGGUGUAAAACACUCUCACGCACACACACACACACACACAGAUGUGUGUGGCACACACUCAGCACUGCUUUCUGAAAGGGUGCUUCUCAAAUACCCAGUCCAGGUUUUCGUUUCAGCCUCCCCCCCCCAUUUGUGUUGUGGUCUGAUUGCUAAAGCUACAAUUUCAGAGUUAAGGCUGUGCUGAGUGCUGUGUUUUUUCUGCACCGGAAAACCAAGGCAAUAUUAUUAGAUGUAGUUGAAACAGCUUGAAGACUGAGGUUGAGGGCCACUGUUCUGCAGCGGUGUUACUCGGAUCUGAACUACAGGGACCCCUAGAACUGUGUUUCCGAACCUCUUCUCAUCGAGUGCUGUUGUCCAUUGAGCUGCAUGGUUAGUCCUGGCCAAUGGUUUUGAAAUACAAAGCUGUGCUCAGGAAAGGGAUGCAGGUGGUUAAUUGGGUUACAGAUCCUGUGUGAUGUGUUCUUCUCCUUUCAGCCUCUAUAGUAUUGUAUCUGUCACCUCAUCUGAAGAAACCUGCUUGCUACAGAGCAGGAUCUUCGGCAGUGGAAUCCAAAAAAAUAAAUAAGUGAAGAGCCUUUUUGCUUUUAAACCAUGUCCCUUUAAAAAAAAUAGAAUAAAAUAAAGAACUCAAAUGAAAGCAGUAGUAAAUGUCUGGCAGCUGGAUUUACACAAAAUAAUUGUCUCCCGAUUUUUGUAAGAUGUGUUUUUGUUUUAUGUAAAGGGGUCUUCAUUCAAAAUGUUGGCCCUUAUGCACUGAUCCUGCCUAUCCUCUCCUAAAUGGUCAUAAAUGUUCUCCAGACUUCUAAUGUGAUGAGCUUGCCUAUUUGCGUAUAAUCUGAUACACUGAUUUCUUUUGUGCACAUUUUUACAAAAAUGAUGAGAACCCUUUUUAUUUGUGUGCAGUGGAUAAAAUGCUGUACACACACCCCCCCUGCGCCGACAGCGAGAAUGCUUUACUAACAUUGUUACCGUGACGUUAAAUGAACUGGCUGCUGCCCAUCUUGGCAACAGCACAGUGCUCAUUGAGACUGGGUUCGGGACAGGGUUCAGACAGUGGAAACGCAGUUUCAUAAACCUGUACUUGCAGGGGUCUAGCGUUGAGAAUCGGUGCUUUUUAGGGCAGCUAACUGCACUGCCCUGCCUCGCUGCCUUGUGUGAUCGCUUGUUCAAUGUAACCCGACCCCUGGACUGUGCAGUCACCUGCUCAACUCAGGCCUGAUGCACUGUACAUUUCUUUGUGUACCAGCAUAAUUUUUGUUUAAAUCAGAAAAAAAGCUUGCUUAUUAAUUUAUUAAAUGAGUGUUUUUAAACCAUUCUGAAUCUGUAUUUAAAUCCUAAAAGUUGAUACAUUUCUCUAUUUGUU